CCCCAUUUUACCUCCUCAUGCAUUUGCCCAAAUACAGGACCCACCCCCACCAAAAUGAGACUUUAUUCCUGGUAUUAUUCUUGGUUACGUCCCCUUCCCUGAAGUUCACCCUGGCAGGGCCAGUUUGGGGAAUUAGCCUUGGGCAACCAUAUCCUUCCUGGCAGAGCUGCCAGCAUUAUUGCCCAAUCAGAGACAUCUUUGUGCCCGUAGGGUAUAAGAGACAACAGCAUCCUGGACAUAGCAGACUGGGGUUCCACCAGCUACAGAAAUGAGGUCCAUUCUGAUCCUCUCCCUCCUCGGCUGCUUCUUUGCAGCAUAUGAGGCCAAAAUCUUCUCCAAGUGUGAGCUGGCCCGCAAGCUGAAGGCAGAGGGAAUGGAUGGCUUCCAUGGCUACAGCCUGGCAAACUGGGUCUGCAUGGCUGAGCAUGAGAGUAACUUCAACACCCGGGCCUUCAAUGGGAAAAAUGACAAUGGCAGCAGUGACUAUGGGAUCUUCCAGAUCAACAGCAAGUGGUGGUGCAAAAAUAACUCCUCCCCUUCAGCAAAUGCCUGCAACACAAUGUGCAGUAGGUUUCUGGAUGACAACAUCAGUGAUGACAUCGCCUGUGCCAAGAGGGUCGUGAAAGAUCCUAAUGGGAUGUCUGCCUGGGUGGCCUGGGUAAGACACUGCAGAAACAAGGAUUUGUCCAGAUAUCUAGCCAGUUGUAAUCUGUGAGACUGUCAUUGAAUAUGGCUCCUGGAGAAAGUGGCCAAGUUCUUGGAAACUCUGAAUUUCUGUCCCCCCUCCCCCAUCUCUGCCUCCAAAAUAAAAGUUACUCAAGUUCAGCUGUCUUAAGUAUCACGUUUAAGGACUGGGUUAUGAUGAGACUCGCUACCUGCUAUAGACAGCUGAAGAUCCUCAUCUCUCCAAGCCCAUCACUGAAGUUCCCUGUAUCUCCUCUGGAAAGCCAGUUAAGGAAAAUCCUUUCCUGAGAACUGCUUGAGACUGAAACUGACAGUUGAAUAUAGCAUUCUUGAUGUAAGCUCUUAUGAAAUUCAUUAGGUAGAGGUGGCUGAUAUUAUUCUCCAUCACCAUGAAGGAGAGUUCAAGACGAAAGAGAAGAAAAUUGUGGGAAACAUUCAGUUUAGACAUAGAGAAGGACUGGCAGAAUGUCAGGAUGAUUAUGUUGGCUAAGGUAAAUGACUAAGCUGCUAUAACAGAACCCCAAAAACAUGGCAUUCUCACAAAACAGUCCAAGGUUUUGUGGACAAGCUCCUUUGUCCAACCCAGACAUUCAGAAAUUCAGAUUCCUUCCAUCUUGCACUUCCACCACCCUUUAAAGCAGUGCUGCUCAAAGUGCGGUCCACAGACCAACAGCAUCAACAAUAUCUGGAUACUUGUUAAAAAUGUAAAUUCUUAGGGUGCCUGGGUGGCUCAGUCAUUGAAGCAUCCAACUCUUGAUUUCAGCUCAG